UAUUUGGUAUUAAAAUGAUCAAAUGCUCGUCUUUUAAGUAAUCGUGUCUGUGACAGGUGAACCCAAACAAUCUUCGAUGAGCAUCUUCUCCGUUUCUUCACCUCUGAACUAGAUUUGAGGAUUUGAUCGGAUAUUUCGAUGGAGAGCCGCUCUUUAGGGUUUUGGGCGAUUGGGGUUUUACUCGUCGGAAGCUUAAUCGGAGCUACGAAUGGCUCAAUUCAUUCGUAUAACAACGAAAAGUUCACAGUCAAAUUCAAUGCUCGCUUCUUCCAUGGCGGUAGCGAAGGUCUUUACGCUUCCAAAUUCCAAGAUCUAAACUCUUCUUCUUCUGAUAAUCCUUUUAAAGGCAAGUCCUUUAUAAGGUUUGAUGAUGUAACUUUUGUGAGGACAAAGGAAUCAGCUAGUAAACAGAAUGCAAUGCAGUCAACUGCUGGAUUGGUGGAAGCAAUUAUACUUGAGGUAAAAGAUCGUGAUAGAAUCGGUGGCACUUUUCUCAAAUCCGAAGUGAUUUGUUGUACGCCUGAGCUUGCUGAUACUGGAUCUUGUAGUCUUGGGGAAGUUAUAGUUAAUAGAGAGUCUAAUGAUCUUGAGUGGCCAAGACAGAUCAAGACUUUCUUUAAAGGGAAUAAGACUGAAGUUACUAUGUCCCCUGAAACUGUGGUUAUUAAUAAGACUGGGAUUUAUUAUCUUUAUUUCAUGAUAUGUGAUCCGGAAUUGGAUGGUACUAGAAUCAGAGGGAGAACAGUUUGGAAGAACCCUGAUGGUUAUCUACCUGGAAAGGUGGCUCCUUUAAUGAAAGUUUUUGGGUUUAUGUCGUUAGCGUAUGUUUUGCUUGGCCUAGUUUGGUUUGUGCGGUUUGUUCAGUUUUGGAAGGAUAUAAUUCAGCUGCAUUAUCAUAUCACUUUGGUUAUUGCUCUUGGCAUGUGUGAAAUGGCUGUUCGAUACUUUGAAUAUGUUAAUUUCAACUCGACUGGGAUGAGACCAAUGGACGUUACUCUAUGGGCGGUGACCUUUUCGUCUAUUAAAAAGACGCUUUCUAGGCUUCUUCUUCUGGUUGUCUCUAUGGGUUAUGGGGUUGUAAAGCCUACCCUUGGUGGUAUAACCUCGAGGGUACUUCUUCUUGGAGUCAUAUAUUUUGUUGCAACAGAGGCUCUUGAGUUGGUUGAGCAUUUGGGAAACAUCAAUGACUUUUCGGGAAAGACAAUGAUAGUUUUGGUGAUUCCCGUGGCAUUACUGGAUGCUUGCUUUAUUUUGUGGAUUUUCUCAUCAUUGGCAAGAACCCUUGAGAAACUUCAGAUUAAGAGAAACAUGGCUAAGCUUGAGCUUUAUAGGAACUUCACCAAUGCACUCGCUAUCUCUGUUCUGCUCUCUAUUGCUUGGAUUGGUUUCGAGCUAUACUUCAACGGAACUGACCCUCUAAUCGAACUCUGGCGAAUGGCGUGGAUUAUUCCAGCUUUUUGGAAUAUACUCUCUUAUGGUCUGUUAGUAGUCAUAUGCAUCCUUUGGGCACCAUCCAAUAAUCCUACAAGGUACUCAUACUUAGCGGAAACAGGGGACGAGUUUGAAGAGGUAGGUAUCUCAUUGACAAGUGGAAUUAAGAGUACAGAAGAUGUUGAAAGGAAUGAACUUCUAUUUGGGCUUCCGGACGACGUUGAAGAGGGAAAACGCGAGUAAGCUCCAGGUUAAAUAGUCCAUACCUCGCUGAGUAGUUUUUAGUGUAUGUCUUGCGUUCUGGUAUGUAACGUUAUGUACAUCUUUUAUCCUUUGUACCUGAGUAAGUUGAUUACUGACCGUUAAGGACUUAUUUACUCAUAUCAAAGUUCUUGUAGUCUUAUAUAAAGAGUUACAGA